AUGACCGACAUGGAAUUACCACCAGAAUAUAUCUCUGCUGCAAAUGAUUUGCGUUCUGAUACCUUCACCACUCCAACACCACAAAUGGUACAAGCUGCCUUAACUGCUUCCAUUGGUGAUGCCGUCUACGGUGAAGAUGUAGAUACUGCUAAAUUAGAACAAUACGUGGCAAAACUAGCCGGUAAAGAAGCAGGUUUAUUCUGUGUUUCUGGUACUCUAUCAAACCAAAUCGCUUUGAGAACUCAUUUAUAUCAACCUCCAUAUUCUAUCUUGUGUGAUUACAGAGCUCAUAUCUACACUCAUGAAGCCGCUGGUCUAGCAAUUUUAUCCCAGGCCAUGGUUGUUCCAGUUAUCCCAGCCAAUGGUGAUUAUUUAACUUUGGAAGAUAUUAAAGCUCGCUAUAUCCCAGAUGACGGUGAUAUCCAUGGUGCCCCAACUAAAGUUAUCUCCUUAGAAAAUACCUUGCAUGGUAUUGUCUAUCCAUUAGAUGAAUUGAUUAGAAUAAAGGCAUGGUGUAUGGAAAACGGUUUGAAAUUACACUGUGAUGGUGCCAGAAUCUGGAAUGCCUCUGUUCAAGCCGGUGUUCCAAUGAAGCAAUACGGUGAAAUCUUCGACUCCAUCUCCAUUUGUUUAUCUAAGUCUAUUGGUGCCCCAAUGGGUUCUAUCUUGGUCGGUUCCUUGAAAUUCAUCAAGAAGGCCAACCACUUCAGAAAACAACAAGGUGGUGGUGUUAGACAAUCUGGUAUGAUGGCAAGAAUGGCUAUGGUUGCUAUUGAAGACAACUGGAAGGACAGAUUAUUAAGAUCUCAUGCUCUAGCACACAACUUAGCUAAGUACUGUAACGAAAUUGGUGUUCCAUUGGAAUCUCCAGCUGACACCAACUUUGUCUUUAUUGAUUUAAGAAAGGCAAAAAUGGAUCCAGAUGUUUUAGUCAAGAAAGGUUUAAAAUAUAACGUUAAGUUAAUGGGUGGUAGAAUUUCUUUCCACUACCAAGUUAGUGAUGACACUUUAGAAAGAGUCAAGCAAGCCAUCUUUGAAGCUAAUGAAUACGCUAAGUUACAUCCAUGUGAUCAAAAUGGUCCAACUCAAGUGUACAGAUCUGCUUCUACCGAAAUUGAUGUUCAUGGGAACGUCAUUCAAGAAGUUAAGAAAUACAAAUAUUGA